AUGCCCCAAGGAGCUGCGCCUGGUGGCGCACACGAAGCCGCACCUGGUGCUCCAACCGGAGUUCCCGUAGCCCCCCACACUGAAACAGCGGACGCUUCGAGCCGCCGUUACCUGUGGGCGCGCCAGCUGCACAUAAUCCUGUGGAAGAACAUCUACCUGAAACGCAUAUGUCGCCACUACACGACCACGCUGCUGGAGAUCGCGCUCAUGGUCACCCUGCUCAUGGGCAUUCAGGACGACUCCGUGACGAGAGAGCCUCUGGUGCGGCGGGGCGACACCACCUUCGUGGCCACCAACACCAGCACCUUCUGGAACACGCAGACGGACAUGGCCCACGUGCACACGGUGUACUUUGCGCCGAGCAACAAGUACCUGGACCGGCUGAUGCGCGACACGAUGGCCAGUCUGGGCGUCCGACACGUGGUGACUGUCGACACCGAGAAGCAGCUGUUCACUGCCGCGCGCAAGGCGGCUGAGAAGCCGCUGCCCGCCCACGAGGUGGCGCUGCUGUUCACGGGUGUUGGCAAUGACACCGAGUCCGAGCCGGUCAGCCUGCACGUGACCUUCUUCGCGGGACGUUUGCCCUUCGAUGUCAGGGUUAAAUACCCACAGUACCUCAUCUCAAUGCCCGAGGGUCCCGUGGAGGAAGAGCGCUACCCAGAAAUGAAUACGCUGCUGCCCAUCAUCGGGGCGUUGCAGCAGCGCCAUCUGGAGAUGCAGGCGCAGCGCUUCAAGUACCCGCUCCCCGUGGAACCGGUGAGGCUGCAGCGCUUCCCGUUCCCAUCGUACAUCGAGUACCACGACACGAAGAACUACGCUCUCGUGCUGACCCGCUUCUGCAUCGGGAUGCUCGUGCCCUUCUCCGUGUUCGUCGCCCGACUGGUCGAUGAGAAGUCCACGGGGUUGAGGGAGAUGCUUCGGGUCGUGGGGCUGAGCGACUGGGUAUACUGGCUGAGUCACUACCUGAGCGGCUUCUUCAUGCACAUCAUCACCGUGACGAUCAUGAUGCUCUUCGUGAGCGUCAAACGCAACGACGAGGGCCGCGCCUUCAUCCAGUUCAGCGACCCGUCGCUCCUCUUCGCCAUACUGAUGUGCUUCUGCAGUUCGUGCCUCAUGCACGCCAUGCUGUUGUCCGUGUUCUUCGCGAGCCGUAAGUGCUGCGAGCGAACGACGAGACCAGUUUAGGGAUGUCGACUCGAAGGAGGCACAGUAGCUUGACGCGAAGUGAUAAUGUGACGAUUAUGAAUUGUAUGCUAACCAUGUUCUGUAGAUUUAUGCGGAAAAGCGAAUUGUUUACACGUUCGAUUUCAGAGGUGAUGAAAUAAA